AUGACGUCAUAUGACGUCAUCAUCAUCGGCAAGAAGGGCGCUGGCGCUAAUUUGGCAAGACAUUGGCUGGCAGUACGGUGCGACACAGGCGAUUCGAUCGACAAACGGUGCCGCUGGCUUCGUUUUCGUUCACGUCUUCAUUGUCGUCGUCGUUUUCGACGUCGCGCGAAAGACGUAAUCACAGAUUGUAUGGAGGUAAAAAUUUGUACACAAGACGUUGUUUCUUCUCCGGUUUUUGGAUGA